AUGGCGGUUGAUCAACAUGCUCAAUUGGAUGCCUUUGGGCUGGUCUUCCCAUUGCCGCUACGUAUAGCUGCUAUCUUGGUCGCUGGUUUCUGGGGAUGGGGUAUCAACCUUCAAUACCUGGCAAAAGCCAACAUUGACGUUCCGGCGCUCAUUAAAUAUCCUGCCCGCACAUCCUCCUCGCAACGCCCACAUCACACCGCCGUCUAUCGCCUGGCCACAUGUUUCACCAUCCCACUUGUCCUGUGGUUCAUCGUCUUUUGGUUAGCCACCCGCCGGUCUCCUGAAUUAGUGGAGCGACUGGACUGGAUCCCGCAGUCCGUGUUCAUUAUCCUCCUCCUUAUUCUGAUAUGGCCCUUCAAUCGCGCCUCUCGUUCCGGCCGAAUCCGAUUUCUCCUUACCCUGAAGCGGAUCAGUAUUGGUGGUCUGGCCGAGUCGAAGGAUGGGAAGUUUGGUGACAUUCUGCUGGCAGAUGCCCUCACUAGCUAUGCUCGCGUGAUCGGAGAUUUGUAUAUCAGCUUCUGCAUGUUCUUCACCGAUGGCUUCGCUGCGACUUCUAAGCCCAACCGGGCCUGUGGAAGUGAAAUUGUCGUUCCGAUCAUCCUCGCUGUUCCCAGCUUGAUUCGUCUUCGUCAGUGUUUGACGGAAUAUGUUCGUGCGCGGCGGACAGUCACCCGGAGAGAGACGAACAAGGCAAACCAGCACUUGGCCAACGCUCUCAAGUAUGCAACUGCGUUCCCCGUCAUCUGGAUAGCCUCCAAGAUGCGCAAUUACAAUCCCCUGGAACUACGUGGGUAUAGCGAGGUCAGCAUGAUGCGCCUUCUAUUUAUCGUCUCUUUUAUCAACUCUGCCUACUCUUUCUGGUGGGAUGUUGUCAAGGAUUGGGAUAUGACCCUCUUCUCCUCGGAACGUCGCGACAGCGCCCAUCCAUACGGACUCCGCCGGCAUCGUUACUUCGGAUCCGACAAGAUAUACCACUAUGCCAUUAUCGCGGAUUUGGUCCUUCGUUUCUCAUGGCUAUGGCGUAUUGUCCCAGGCCUCGGCUGGAUUCCUGAAACCGAAAGCGGAUUCUGGAUGCUCAUGUUCCUCGAAGUUGUACGACGUUGGAUGUGGGUAUUCUUCCGGACUGAAGCUGAAUGGAUUCGAAAUACCCACGGCCCAGGCCCAGAUGACGUCCUCCUCGGCGAAUACAACCACAAAUUCGACGCGGACUAAAUUUACC